UGCCUCUGAACAGCUCCAGCAGCGCCAGAGGCUGCGCUUGGGUGUAAGUGCUGGUUGCAACAGCAGCAGGAGCAGCCCUGGCACCGUGGAUUCUGCUGUUACUGCAGUAGCAGCCGCCGCCUCCCCUUCUUUGCAGAUUGUUUGCAGUGCAGUAAGAGUCUGAAAGCAGAAAUGGACAAGAUACUAGAAGCUGUGAUGAUGUCUUCCUACCCCAACAACGUGAAACAAGGGCUAGUGAGACGCGUCAUCGAGGCAAUAAAGCAGCCCAUGGACAGCGAGCAGUGCUGGUCCAUGCUAGAACUCUCCACCAAGCUCUAUCUCGUGGGCGACACCAAGUUUAAGAGAGAGAUCGGCAAAGAAGUUUUGGAAGUUUACGGCCACUACCACCCGGAGGAGUUCGAGGAGUUCUUCAACGUCCGAUUCCUCCUGAGUCUCCUCCAGGAAGGUUACGGGCCUGCGGGGAAAAGGAGCCCUUAUGUAUUAGAUUAUAUCCACCUGGGUCUUCAGUUUGUCUUGGAGAGCCCGUAUGCUAGUGACAUUUUCAGCCUGCUGAGGAUUGAAGUGCUCCGCAAAGUCUGCGAGCGGCCUGGGCCCAAGCAGUGCGCUAAGAUCAGUAAGCUCUUAUCCCAGCAUCCUCAAUGUGUUCCCACAGGCAAACACCAGAUUUUGUUUUGCCAGCAGCUGAUACGGUGCAUUGGGCAGUUCCAGUGCAUCUCAGAAGGAGAAGAUGACAUCAUGGAGUUUCUGGACCAUGUGAACAAAGUGAGCGGACUGUUGCAGAAGAUCUGGAGAGCUCAGACUUCCUCCAUUCUGCCAUCCUUGAAGGAGCUUUUUACUAUCAUUUCUUCAACAGAGGAGCAGGAAGCUCCAUCGAAUGCCUUGGCCAGCGUGGUCCAGUACGUUCCACUAGAGCUCAUGGAUGGUGUCAUAAGAAACCUAACCAAUGAUGACAGCAUAACGGAUGUGCAGAUGAUGACUGCGAUCAGUAGGAUGAUUGACUGGGUCUCUUGGCCCCUAGGGAAGAACAUCGACAAAUGGAUCAUCGCUCUACUGAAGGGUUUGGCUGCAGUGAAAAAGUUCAGCAUCUUGAUUGAAGUCACUCUUUUGAAAAUUGAAAAGGUCUUUUCCAAGUUGCUGUACCCCAUUGUGAGGGAGGGAGCGCUGUCCGUUCUACUGUACAUGCUGCUGAGUUUCCAGCACUCGCAUGAAGCAUUCCACUUGCUUCUUCCCCACAUGCCCAGACUGGUGGCCUCUCUGAACAAGGAAGACUCCAACUCCGCAACAAGCUGCCUGGAACAGCUGGCCGAGCUGAUCCACUCUAUGUUCUUCCGGUUUUCAGGAUUUCCAGAUCUCUAUGAGCCGGUCAUGGAAGCAAUCAAAGCUCUUCCGAUUCCAAAUGAAGACCGAAUUAAACAUUUACUGGGACAAAAUGCUUGGACCUCCCAGAAGAAUGAGCUGGCCUGUUUCUACCCACGUCUAGCUUCCAAAUCUGACACGGGGAAGAUUGGGUUAAUUAACCUGGGGAACACCUGCUACAUGAACAGCAUCAUUCAGGCUCUUUUCAUGGCCUCCGACUUUAGGCACUCAGUGCUGAAUUUAACCGAAAGCAAUUCUCAGCCCUUGAUGACAAAGCUCCAGUGGCUCUUUGCAUUUCUGGAGCACAGUCAGCGACCUGCUAUCUCACCUGAAGGCUUCCUCUCAGCCUCCUGGCCUCCUUGGUUUAGCCCUGGAGCUCAGCAGGACUGUUCCGAAUACCUGAAGUACCUGCUGGAUCGGCUACAUGAAGAAGAGAAAACUGGGAAAAGAAUUUACCAAAAGCUUAAAGAGUCCAACUUGCUGCCUCAGGCUGAGGAGCGCCACUACUUAAACAAGACAUUAAUUGAGAAAAUGUUCGGGGGUAAGAUGAUGACAAAAAUCCGCUGUCUGAAGUGUCUAAAUGUCUCCUCCCGAGAAGAAGCCUUCACAGACCUGUCCUUGGCUUUCCCACCGUCCAACAGACAUGUGCGUCGGCAGAGCCACACAGCAGUUUUACCAGUGGAAGAAAUCGGCCCACAGAUUAUUGAGCCACCCAUAAAACCACAGAGUCAGGUAACAGAAUCUCCAAGGAGGCAAAGGAAGCACCCCGUGUCUGGAGAACCUCCCAUCCAGCUCUUGCCAAUAGAAACAGUUGGGUUUCAGGAAGCAGAGGGACAAGAGACUCCUUUCAUCUUGAGAUCUGACAGAGAUCAUGUCAGCUGGGAGGCAGCAAAAGAUCCACUGUUGUCUUUUGGAGAGCAGACUGGUGGCUCCGAGGACUCCAGAUCUGUCCCGGAUUUGAUCAACUAUUUCUUAUCACCGGAAGUGCUGACAUCCGAGAAUAAAUAUCACUGUGAGAAGUGUGCUUCCCUGCAAGAUGCGGAGAAAGUGGCCGAACUGACGGAGGGGCCACACUACCUUGUCCUCACCCUGCUGAGGUUCUCCUUUGACCUGAGGACCAUGAAGAGGAAGAAGAUCCUGGAUAACGUCUCAAUUCCAUUGGUGCUGAAGCUGCCAGUCCUGGUUGCCUCGGAGGACUCUGGUGAAGUAUGCCAGAACAGGAAUGACAGGGCUACCUCAUGCAGUGGAUUUGUGUCCAUGGUGUAUGAUCUCUGUAGUGUGGUGGUCCAUUCUGGAGUCUCCUCAGAGAGUGGUCAUUACUAUUGUUAUGCCAGAGAGUGUACCAGUACUGGUGCCAGCAGCCAGCCAAGGGAUGGGGCACAGAAAAGCACAUCAGACAAGCAGUUGGACUUUGAAAUCCAGUGGUACCUCUUCAACGACACCAGGGUGUCCUUUUCCUCCUUCGAAUCAGUCAGCAACGUGACCUCUUUCUUCCCCAAAGACACGGCCUACGUGCUGUUCUACAGGCAGCGGCCAUGCAAGCAGAGCUGGGCUGUGCGCGAGGUCGUUUCAGAUGCCGUCCGGCUGCACGGGGAACUUUCUCCCAAUAAAGACUUGAUGGAAGCCAUUUCCAAAGAUAACAUCUUGUAUUUGCAGGAGCAAGAGAAGGAAGCAAGGAACAGAGCUGCCUACAUUUCAACCUUGCCCAAAUCCCCUCUAUGGUGGAGAGAUUUUGACAGAGACAAGGAUGAUGAAGGUUCUUCUGGGGGCUGUGGUCCAGCUGCUGGAGGCGGAGGCGGAGGCUCAGGCUCGUUUCAUGGACUAGUCUUCUAAAGGCGCCAUUGAACACUGACUAUAACCAACAAGCAAGAAGCCCUGCUUCAAACUUCAUUUCUAACCAAGCCGCGGGGCCCACAGAGGCCAGAGUGUCCUCUCACCUCCUUUGAAGUCAGUGUUACCACGGAGAGGAGUUUGGCCCUGAAUCCUGUCUAAGUAGAAGGACUCGCUGCUGAUUCAGGGAACACAUUGCUGGCUGGAGUUAAAUCACUAGCACAUGGAGAUUCCCGUUGCUUUCUAUGCACUUGGUCUGAAUGCCUUAAAAUAAUAUUACUAGCUGCUGAGCUCUGCGGUGACGAGCUACUGACCAAUAACUAAGAGAAGUGCCACUUUCUUAACUGUAGCAUCAUCUUGCCUGCUGAGUACACCGUCGAUCAAGACUGGGGCAGGGAGAGGUGCAGGGAAGCAGGACUCUUUUGGAAGCGACCAAGUGCAGUGCCAGUGACCCAAAUGCAGAGCCCAAAACUUCCACACAGAAAUGGGAUUUACGGCCAACAUCUUCCAGAAGAGCCUAGUGAUUUUCAGACGCCUCAGGUUUUGGGUGGCCAACUUGCCGUACCCGUUAAAGGAGCCUGAUUUUCAGAAGGUGCUGAGUACCUGCCCUCAGAAAAUCAGGCCCCCUUUAAGGCAUCCCACAUUGGGCACCCAAAACCUGAGACACCUUAAAAUUGCUAGUCACUUCUGUAAAUCUUGCCUUGUUGAGAUCACUGGGUGCAGCAGCCACAGCUCCAUCUUAAUCCUAGAAGCCAGGCUCUUUGAUUCAAGAUGGAGCAUGGGAUGCCAGUAUAAUACACUGGCAUAGUGUCUGUGAUCACAACUCUCGCCAGUGGCUGGUCCCCAACAACUCUUACAGUCCUGCAGGGCUGACUCCUCUGGUGUGAGUGGGAUGGAGUUGCGCUGUUUAUCCCAGAGGGGCCAGGUUCAAUUCCUACUUCUGACUGUGGUGUGUGUGUGAAUAUAGUGUAGCCAUAGAACAAAAAAAAAACCCAAAUCCUGAUUUAAAUUCAAAUGACAAAAACAGGAAGCCUAUUAGAGAGGCUAAAUGCAGCAGAUCAAUUGUGGAAUGAGAGUUAUUUGUUCAGUUCUAAUUGGUAUUAUCCAGCCCUUUUGAGGUUUGCCCAGCACUAGCACAAUUUCCUCUCCCUUCUAAUCAUUCUAGCCCAUUAGGUUUUUUUCUGAAGGAUAAGCAGAUGCAGAGUCCCACUUCAGGGCUCUUAUUCAGGCAAAACUCCCAUUAAAAUAAGGACGUCACACCUUUCUGUAGUGAAGUGUGCGCAUCUUUGUCCUACCAUGAGGGAAUUGCACUACACGAGAAGAGGGCCUCUCUGGCAAAGUCUCUCCUCUCUUUCACCUUGUGUAGCAGUGGCAGGAGCGCUCCAUGCUCUGCAGUUGCAGGGGGGCUCUGGGAACUGCAGGAUGCCUCUGAAAUCCCUCCCCAUAUUUUAUAUAUAUAUGCUAAUUCCCAGGAAAAGAAAGCUGUAGUAAGAUCAGCUCCUCUUCACUUCCAGCUGAGAGAGACUGUAGCAAGAUUUAUCUGGCUCCUCUUUACGCAGACUGGAAGAGCAUGAACCCAGAAUUCCUCCUUGGUCUUUCCUCAGUGGCCUAGUGGCAACUUCUUUGUUCAUUUUGAAGAGAGGAAGAGUGGAGAUGGUAACUCUUACUGAAGGCAGCAUUCAGUGAAUGUUUGACCUCAGUGAAAGGAACGUAUAGUUGAGUAAAACUAGGGUCACAAUUUUCAUUGUGGGCUUGAUUUUCAGAGCUGCUGAAUAUGCACAACUCCAGCUGAAAUCAAUGGGAGCUGCAGGUGCUCAGUACUUCUAAAAAAUAAUCAGGUUUUAAGAUGGGCACCUAAACAAACCGAGACACUCAAAACCAGUUGCCACUUUUGAAAAUAUUUGAAAAGCAGUGAAAUGGCUGAUAAAUGGAAGGAAAAUCUCAAGCUUCUUAGAAACCAUUCAGGACUUUCACACCAUUUAACUAUAUCAGAGUUCAUGGUAUUGGGGAGUAAUAGCAGGAAAUAAUGUGACUCAUGAAACUCUUAGAUUUGGGGUGAAGUUUUAAAAAAUGGCACCUGCAAUCACUGGGAGUUAGCUGACUUGCUCAGGCAGGUUUGAAUUUUCCAGUAGGGACUAGAUACACAAAGGGACUUAAACUCAGCAUUGCAACACCUAACCUUUAGAUACCUUUAAAGGGGGUACCACUCACCACAGGUCCACCUCCUUGGAGGUCAGUCUGGAAAUUAGCGCUUUCCCCAUAUGGCUCCUCCUGCUGUUGGUUACUCACGCUGUGGAUCAUCUUUCUCUUCAUAUCUCAAGGUGCUCUCUCUCUUCGUGACUCAGCCAGGUCACUAUAUGGUUCCUCCCCUUCCUAGGUAACAUGUCCCACUGGACAAGCUGUCUGGAUGUUGUCUCAGAUGGUCUCUGUUCCACAUUUUCAGGUCCUGUGCCACUUUGCCAGUUCUCCCUCUAUGCUUCGUUCCAGCCCAGGGGCCCUAUGACCAA